GGAGACCUCUUGGGCGGGAGUGGUUCCUGUGACCGGUGGCCUCGAGUGGACAAGAUUCGGGAGGAGGACAAGAGCCCUCCACCAUCCUCGCCCCCUCCCAUUUUCUCCGUCAUCCCAGGCGGCUUCAUUAAGCAGCUGGUCCGGGAGACCGAGAAAGAGUCCAAGGAAGCAAGACGGAAGCAACAGGCAGCGCUCGCCUCGCCAGAGCAAGUGAAUCCAGAAAUUGCCACUAGCCAACCCCACAGCAAGUCCGACACUGGCACCAAAUCUGAAAGCCAACCGGUUUCCCAGGACAGCCCGGCAGGCUCUCCCCAGAACUCAAACAUUCCGGGCAAGGAGAGCCAGGGGACCGGCACCACGGAGCCUGUGCCGAUGACCACCAUCAGUGGCAAGAAGCCCCAGGAAUCGGGCCCCAGUGGGGCUCCAGCCAAAAAACCUCUGCCCUUCAAGAGGGGUGUGAGGAGGGGCGAUGUGUUGCUGAUGGUGGCCAAGCUGGACCCGGAGUCAGCCAAGCCGGAGCAGAGGACCCCGUCCCAUGACGCCCCCACCUGCAAGACCCCAUCCCCAGUCACAGAUCCUGGAGGAGGGAAAAAGGGGGACACUCCACCGACACCUCAAGGUCCCCAGGCCAGCACUGAGGACGCAGCCCCGAAGGCUGAGAAGACCCAGACUAGGGGUGUUGGGGACCCAGGAACUGUGCUACUGACAAAAGGCGAGAAAGAUCAAGGCACAGCAAAGAAAGGGGGUGAGGCCCUCCAGACCAAAGGGCUGAAAGGAGAUGAGACCCAGGGCAUAGAGGGGCCAGGUGAGGGGAGGCGACCAGGGACAGUGGGAAAGGGGGGAGGGGACCCCCCAAAGAAGGUGGCAAAGGGGAAUCUCUCUAAGGAUGCAGUGGGUGAAGGGAAGUUGGCUGGGGCUCAAAUCCAGGGGAAAAUGUGGGGAGGUUCCCUGGGCAGAAGGAGCAGGUGGGACGGUCCCCAGAGGAAGGACCAAGAAAGUCCGCUUCCGAGUAAGACGGAGAAGACAGACAAAUUGCAGAUCACGGCGGAGAAGGUAGACAAAGUGCAGGGGAAGGUGGGGGAGGCUCCCAGAGUGAUGGAGAAAACGCACGGGCCUCACCGUGAGUCUGGGGGGGCAGGUGAGGCUGGGAGUGAGACAGAGGAGGGCUGUGCAGCCCCCACGGAGGUGCGUGCAGCUGGGAAGGGGAGCCAGCCGGACAGCAGAGGGCAGAAAGCGGAGGAGCCCUGCAGAAGCGUGGAGGACAGGGCCGAGGCCCUGGACGCGGAGCUGGGAGGACCCGAAGCACCUGCUCUGGAGAGCCGCGCAGAGGGGCCUCAGAUGCAGGAGAACCGAGAGGGGCCAGCCCUGCAGGAGGGGAGCAAAGGCAGCCAGAGUGGAGACUUGGACCAGGUUCCGGAGGACAGAUGGUACGAGGCAGAGAAAGUCUGGCUGGUUCAGAAGGAUGGAUUUACUCUUGCAACGGUGCUGAAACCAGAUGAGGGAACAGCCGACCUGCCGGCAGGAAGGGUGCGACUUUGCAUCGAUGCUGACAAAACCGUCACUGAGGUGGACGAGGAGCAUGUUCACCGGGCCAACCCCGCUGAGCUGGACCAAGCUGAGGACCUGGCUUCCCUGGUCAGUGUCAACGAGUCGAGUGUCCUGAACACGCUUCUGCACCGCUACCGGGCUCAGCUGCCAUACACCUCCGCUGGGCCGGACCUGAUCGUCCUGCAGCCCCGGGGACCGCCGGCACCCCCUGCAGGCAAGGUAGCCAAGGGCCGCCGGGAUGGCCGGCCUGCCCACAUUGGCUCCCUGGCCCAGCGGGCAUACUGGGCACUGCUGAGCCAGCGGAGAGACCAGAGCAUCGUGGCCCUGGGUCGAAGUGGCGCUGGGAAGACCACCUGCUGUGAGCAGGUCCUGGAGCACCUGGUGGGGAUGGCAGGCAGUGUGGAUGGCAGUGUCUCAGUGGAGAAGAUCCGAGCCACCUUCACCCUUCUCCGGGCCUUUGGCUCUGUGUCCACUGGCCACAGCCGCAGCGCCACCCGGUUCACCAUGGUGAUGUCACUGGACUUCAAUGCCACAGGCCGUGUCACAGCAGCUCAGCUCCAGACAAUGCUGUUGGAGAAGAGCCGCGUGGCCCGGCAGCCGGAAGGGGAAGGCAACUUCGAGGUUUUCUCCCAGAUGCUGGCGGGCUUGGACUUGGAUCUCCGGACGGAACUGUGCCUGCACCAGAUGGCAGACAGCAGCUCCUUCGGCAUGGGCAUUUGGUCCAAGCCUGAAGACAAGCAGAGGGCAGCGGCCGCCUUCGCCCAGCUCCAGGGUGCCAUGGAGACCCUGGGCAUUUCGGAGAGCGAGCAGCGAGCCAUUUGGCGGGUGCUGGCAGCCAUCUACCACCUCGGCGCUGCGGGGGCCUGCAAAGUGGGUCGGAAGCAGUUCAUGCGGUUUGAGUGGGCAAACCACGCAGCCGAGGCCCUGGGCUGUGAGUACGAGGAGCUGAACACGGCCACCUUCAAGCACCACCUGCGACAGAUCAUCGAGCAAGUGACAGCUGGGCGGAGCCGCCGGCCCCUCGAGGAGGAGGAGACCAGCUCAGGGCUCAAGAUGACGGGCGCGGAGUGUGUGGAGGGCAUGGCCUCGGGCCUGUACCAAGAGCUCUUUGCCGCUGUGGUUUCCCUCGUCAACAGAUCCUUCUCCUCCCAUCACCUCUCCAUGGCCUCCAUCAUGGUGGUGGACGCGCCGGGCUUCCAGAACCCCCGGCACCAGGGCAGGGAGCGGGCGGCCACCUUCGAGGAGCUGUGCCACAACUACACCCAGGAGCGCUUGCAGCUGCUUUUCUACCGGCGCACCUUCGUCUCCACGCUGCAGCGGCUCCAGGAGGAAGGCCUCCCUGUGCAGUUUGACCUCCCAGAGCCGUCCCCGGGGCCCACGGUGGCUGUCGUGGAUCAGAAUCCCUCCCAGGUCCGCCUACCACCUGGAGGAGGUGCUGUGGAUGCCAAGGGCCUUUUCUGGGUCCUGGACGAGGAGGUCCGGGUGGAGGGCUCUAGUGACAGCACGGUGCUUGAGCGUCUCUGUGCAGCCUUCGAGAAGAAAGGAGCCGGGACUGAAGGCACCUCUGCCCUCCGGCCCUGUGAACAGCCCCUCCAGUGUGAGAUCGCCCACCAGCGAGGACAGGACCCCGUGCGCUACGACCUCACCGGCUGGCUGCACAGGGCCAAGCCCAACCUCUCCGCCCUGGACGCCGCCCAGGUCCUGCAGCACUCGAAAAGGGCGGAGCUGAGGAGCCUGUUCCAGGCCCGGGCCAAGCUGGCCCCCGUGUGCCGUGCCCUGGCAGGCCUGGAGGGCACCUCCCAGCAGGCGCUGCAGAGGAACUGCGUGCUGAGGAGGGCCUUUGCCAGCAGCUUUGCCGCGGCGAAGAGGAGAGCCCCGUGCUCCCAGGUCAAGCUGCAGAUGGAUGCGUUGUCCAGUGUGAUCAGGAGAUCCCAGUUACACUUCAUCCACUGCCUGGUGCCGAGCCUCACGGUGGAGAGCAAGGGUGGGAAGGGGGCUCCGACUCCCCCUCAGCCCGAUGGGGACAAGCCCGGAGCAGGCGGGCCCCUGCCCGUGGACAUCCCAGCACUGCGGGUCCAGCUGUCAGGCUCCUACAUCCUGGAGGCUCUGCGUCUGCACAGGACAGGCUACGCUGACCACCUGGGGCUCACGCACUUCCGCCGGCGGUUCCAGGUGCUGGACCCCCUGCUCGCGAAGAAGCUCAUGCCGGCCGCCGAGGGAAUAGACGAGAGGAAGGCGGUGGAGCAGCUCCUGCAGACCCUGGAUCUGGAGAAGAAGGCGGUGGCCGUGGGGCACAGCCAAGUUUUCCUGAAGGCGGGCGUGGUCUCCAGGCUUGAGAAGCAGCGAGAGAAGCUGGUGUCCCACAGCAUCGUUUUGUUCCAGGCGGCCUGCAAGGGCUUUCUGUCGCGCCAGGAAUUCAAGAAGCUGAAGAUUCGCCGGCUGGCCUCACAGUGCAUCUGGAAGAACGUGGCUGUGUUCCUGGCGGUCAAGGACUGGCCGUGGUGGCGGCUCCUUGGAGCCCUCCGGCCCCUGCUGAGUGCCACCGCCGGGGAGGAGCAGCUGCGCACCAAGGAGGAGGAGCUUACGACGCUGAGACAGAAGCUAGAAAAAUUGGAGACGUCUCGGAACGAACUCCGGCAGAACACAGACCAGCUAGAGAGCAAGAUCGCUGACCUGACUACAGAGCUUGCGGAUGAGCGCUUCAAAGGGGACGUGGCCUGCCAGGUGCUGGAGAGUGAGCGGGCGGAGCGGCUACGGGCCUUCCGGGAGGGUCAGGAGCUGAAGAGCAAGUACGAGCAAGUCCAGAAACAUCUGGGAGAAGUAGAGAAGCAGUUGGAAGAAGCCCAGCAGAAAAUUCAGUUGCAUGAAUUGGAGAGGAGUCCCGCUGGAGGAGCAGACGAGUGGCAAACACGCUUCGACUGCGCUCAGAUGGAGAACGAGUUUCUCAGAAAGCGCCUGCAGCAGUUUGAGGAGAGGCUGGACUCGGAGCUGACAUCCAGGAAGGAGCUGGAGCAGCAGCUCGGGGAGCUGCAAAGUGCGUACGAGGAGGCCAAGAGAGUGGCUCAGCAACUGAAGAGGAAGUGCCACCGUCUGACCUGUGACCUGGAGGACACCCGCUUCCUGCUGGAGAACCAGCAAAGCCGAAACCAUGAGCUUGAGAAGAAGCAAAAUAAGUUUGACAUGCAGCUCGCCCAGGCCCUGGGUGAGUCUGUGUUUGAGAAGGGACUCCGCGAGAAAGUGACCCAGGAGAACACCAGCAUCCGGUGGGAACUGGGCCAGCUUCAGCGACAGUUGAAGCAAAAGGAGCAGGAAACCUCGAAGCUGAAGCAGGACGUGGAGAUGCUGCAGGCCCAAAAGCGGGAGCUGCUGGCGCUGCCCUCUCUGGGGGAAAAGAGCGUCGCCGGCCUGAAGGACAGGCUCUGGAAGCUGGAAUCCAGUGCCCUGGAGCAGCAGCAGAUCCAGAACCAGCAGAAAAACACCAUCCAGCAGCUGGAGCAGCUCCGCCAGCGGUUUGAGCUCGAGAUAGAGCGGAUGGAACAGAUGCACCAGAAGGACCGCGAGGACCAGGAGGAGGAGCUGGAGGAUGUCCGCCAGUCCUGCCAGAAGCGGCUCCGCCAACUGGAAAUGCAGCUGGAGCAGGAACAUGAGGAGAAACAGAUGGUCCUCCACGAGAAGCAGGAUCUGGAAGGCUUGAUCGGAACCCUCUGUGAUCAGAUCGGCCAUCGGGACUUUGAUGUGGAGAAGCGUCUUCGGAGGGACCUCAGAAGGACUCAUGCGCUAUUGUCAGAUGUGCAGCUCCUUCUGGGGACCAUGGAGGACGGCAAGGCAUCGGUCAGCAAGGAGGAGCUGGAGAAAGUGCACAGCCAGCUGGAGCAGAGUGAAGCCAAGUGUGAGGACGCCUUGAAGACGCAGCAGGCCCUGGCUGCAGACCUGGAGAGCAUGCACAGCGAACUGGAGAGCAUGACCCGGAGCAAGAGCCUGGUGGACGAGCAGCUGUACCGGCUGCAGUUUGAGAGAGCGGACCUCCUGAAGCGCAUCGAUGAGGACCAGGAUGACCUGAACGACCUCAUGCAGAAGCACAAGGACCUCAUUGCCCAGUCUGCUGCUGACAUUGGGCAGAUCCAAGAGCUGCAGCUGCAGCUGGAGGAAGCCAAGAAGGAGAAGCACCGGCUGCAGGAACAACUGCAGGUGGCUCAGAUGCGCAUUGAGUAUCUGGAGAAGUCCACCGUGGAUCGGGCCAUUGUCAGCAGGCAGGAGGCCGUCAUCUGUGACCUGGAGAACAAGACGGAGUUCCAGAAAGUGCAGAUUAAGAGGUUUGAGGUCCUGGUGAUCCGGCUUCGGGACAGUCUGAUCAAGAUGGGCGAGGAGCUGUCGCAGGCAGCCGUGGCCGAGUCCCAGCAGCGGGAGAGCAGCCAGUACUACCAGCGGCGCCUGGAGGAGCUGAAGGCGGACAUGGAGGAGCUGGUGCAGCGGGAGGCGGAGGCCAGCCGGAGGUGCUUGGAGCUGGAGAAGUACGUGGAGGAGCUGGCAGCAGUGAGACAGACCCUCCAGACGGACUUGGAGACGUCCAUCCGGAGGAUCGCCGACCUGCAGGCAGCCUUGGAAGAGGUGGCGUCCAGCGACAGUGACACAGAGAGUGUCCAGACUGCGGUGGACUGUGGCGGCAGAGACAGAAAAGAGAUAGAUAAUGUUUCCACCCUCAGCUCCCAGCCAGAGGGCAGUCUGCGGUCCUGGUUGAGUUGUACUCUGUCUGUGGCCACAGACACCGUGAGGACCCCCUCUCGACACUCAGCUACCAGCAGCCACAUCCUCAGCCCCAGGACGAACGAGGAGGCCGGCGACGCCGCAAGGACCCAGCGGGCGUUGGCCCUGAGCAGAGCCCGGGAUGUCCCUUGUAAGACCACGGGGGGCGAGUCUGUCUCUCCCCUGUCUCCCCUUUCCCUCCGCCAGCCAAAGCACUGCCAUUUCGGGGACGGCGAAGAGUGUGACGUCCAGAGAAAGCCGGGGGAGGGACUAGGCGCUCUGUCUCCUUCCCCAUCUCAGAGGACAGACACCUCCCCCGUGUCUAGGGAAAAGCUGCCGAGUCCGUCGGCGGCCCUGUCGGAGUUUGUGGGAGGGCUCCGGAGGAAGAGGGCUCAGAGAGGCCCGGGGUCGGCGCUGGGCCUGGAGGACUGGCCCACUGUCCCCAUCUAUCAGACCACCGGGGUGUCCACGCUGAGGAAGGCCAAGGCAGGCAGUGCCGAGGGACCCCUCUCGCUGAGGUCGGGGGCACAGUCCCCCCUGGACGUGGAGGACUCCGCUGGGGCGUCAGCGGGUCUCCUGAGGUCCACCAGCCUGAAAUGCAUCUCUUCCCAGAGUGGGGAGGGCACCCCACUGCUCCCGGAGAAACUGAAGAGCCGGUUUGGCUCCUGCGAGUCCCUCUUAGAAGCAGGGCCAGGCUUGGGGAGGAAACCGAGCUCCCCGUCCCUGCCCAGGGACACACUCUUGUCGCCCACGCUGCGCCCUCGAAGGCGCUGCCUGGAAUCUUCGCUGGACGACGGGGGCUGCCCGGACCUCGGAAAGGAGUCGCUCGUCUUCCAGAAUCGCCAGUUUGCCCACCUCAUGGGGGACCCUCUGGGCAGCGACCCAUUCAGCUGGAGACCCCCAAGCCUCAACUACGAGCGCCAGGCCAAAGUGGACUUCGACGACUUCCUCCCGGCCAUCCGGAAGCCCGAGACGUCCAGAUCCUUGGCGGGAGCGGCCACAGAUGGGCAAGGCGGCGCGCCGCAUCCAACCGUCCACUUCGAGACGGAGGAGGCCGACCGGACCUUUCUCUCAGGGAUCAAGACCAUUUUGAAAAAGAGCCCGGGGUCCAAAGAGGACCCCGCUCACCUUUCCGACUCCUCCUCCUCCUCCUCCAGCUCCAUCGUGUCCUUCAAAAGCGCCGACAGCAUUAAGAGUCGCCCGAGAAUCCCCCGGCUGGAGGGUGACGGUGAUGAGCAAAGGUCCCCCGACAGCAGGGAGCCAGGGACAGGGAGGAAGGACGGGGACGUGGAGAGCAUAAUGAAGAAGUACCUCCCGAAGUAGGACCGGCUCAGCCUCCUGAGAUGCACGGUCCUCGAAGACUUCCGACUCGGUGGAGAGAGACCGGCCUGGCCUCCGCAGGGGACCUUGGUCCUCAUACAGCCAGUGUGGCCACCCUCAAGAGGAGAGAGGGGCCCGGCAGAAGCCUGUCCCGUGGGGCGUGGGCCU